UUCAGCAGCUGAGUGAAUUUGAACAAUCGAUCUGAAAAAAAAAAAGGCUAGCGUAAAGCAACGGUUAUUGUUGCUACGGUAACAGCGACGUUUCUGAUUGGUUGAAAUCCAUCCAGCGCUAAAUAUAAUGUAACUAGUGUACUAAGUGUGCUAGGGCGUACAUCCGGGAAUCUGUGUAUAAAAAGAUAGUUCGUUUUUUCUAGAGCGUGUGUGUGUGAGAGAGAGAGAGAGAGAGAGAGAGAGAGAGAGAGAGAGAACUUUGUUUACUUCAUCAUGCAGUCCUUCUCUCACGAGCUGCAGAAUUUCUCUAGAGCGCGCCUCAAAAAACAGAGCACGCGCAUCACCAUGGCAACCGGGAAGAUCCUCGUGGAAACGCGAAGCGACGACAACGACGGUUAUAUAACAGAAGUUGCAGACGAGAGCGCCGCCUACGGGUUUGUCCAAGAUAUGAGUUUAGACCUUCAAGUGGGAGUCAUUACUCCCUUUCUCCUGCUCUCCUCACAAGAUGCUGCGAGUGACAUGGAGACUUUGAAAAAAUUCAAGGUAUCUCACGUGUUGAACGUUGCAUGUGGAGUAUUGAAUUCCUUCCCUGAUCAGUUUAUUUAUGAAACUGUUCCCAUCACGGAUCUACCAGAGACACAGCUCACCUCCUACCUCCCACAGUGCUUUGAGUUCAUUGACAAGGCCAGAAAACAGGAUGGAGUUGUGUUGCUCCACUGUAACGCGGGUGUGUCCCGCUCUGCCUCUGUUGCCAUCGCUUAUCUGAUGGCGAAAAAUAAGCUUCCAUUUCAGGACGCGUUUUACAGAGUCAAAUCAGCUCGACCUUCAAUACAGCCCAAUGCUGGCUUCCUCAUUCAGCUGAAGGAGUAUCAGCCAUGACUCACAAUGAUCACUUACUGCCAUUGCAGCUCUUCAUGUAGUUUGGGCAUUUAAAGUUUAACACUCGUACUUAAAACUCAAAAAUUUCUGUAAACUGCAUCAAGCUGAAACUACAUGGUAAAUGACACCGCAGAACUGCGUACUGCAUUUUUUUUUGUUUGUUUUGAUAAUCAUUAGAAUUUUAGAUAUAGAUUUUUGCAUAGAAACGAAAUUCAAAUUAAAAUUUAUUUGUAUGGCACUUUUAACAAUUCUCAUUGUCUCAAAGCAGCUUUACAGAAGUAUGGAAUUAAUAAGCAACUUAAUGAAAAGACAAAUGUUUUACUCAUUUUUGAAUCCACGUUGGAUUGGUUGGUUGUAGUAGAUUUUAGGUUGAAGCAUUAAUUUUAUUCCCUGCUUCAUAGCUAUAAGUACUGCAUUAUCAUAACUGUCAGUCAUCACAUUAUCUGCUAUUUCUGCUGUAUAUUGUACAAAAAUACUGUUAUUUGCACUAGCAUGCACUCUCAUUCAUUAUGUACGUUACUGAUCUGUCAUAUGCUCUGUAUUAUUAUUUAAUACUAAUACUGUCUAUAUUGUUUUACUGUCGGUGUGUAUAGUCUGUUUUUGUCUUGUAUAGUCAAAGCUGAAUCACCAACAGCUGGAACCAAAAUCUUUGUGUGUUUCAACACACUUGGCCAAAAAACUUGAUUCUGAUUCUGAUAACAAAGAUUCAAGACAGCAGCAUAUGUGUUACAUGGAAAUAGGAAAAACUUGAUCUUUGCAAAAAUACUGUAAGUGAUCAUGAUGGAUAUUUUUGCUUUGAGCAAAUUUGUGAACGUAUCGGUUUUGUAACAGUGAAACUGAAACCCAGCCACUGAGGGGUUAAAAUAGGAAGGGCAUUCGGCAUAAAACCUGUGCCAAAAUCUAAUACGCUGUGGUGACCCUGACCAGGGAACAGCCAAAGGACAAGAUUAAACACCCUUUGUUUUUUGUCUUGUAUCUUGAAAAUAAAAUGUUUUAAUGCAGCAAAGUCUCCUCCAAUAUUUACAUGAAAGCAGGAUUUACAUACUAUUUACAUAUUUGGUCUGGCUGGUGGUUGGUUGUAUGUAGUUUGGUUUCUGUAUUUGUUCAUAUAAAAAUAUAUAUAUAUAUAAAAAUAAUAGCAUGAGUGUUACAUUAAACAUUUAACAAAUACACUGUAUACACAUACAGGGAGUGCAGAAUUAUUAGGCAAA